AUGGAAAGAGGAGAAUUUUUAAUGCUUGGCUCCAUUCACUACCCAAGAAGCACAUCUCAAAUGUGGCCAGACCUUAUUCAAAAGGCCAAAGAUGGAGGCCUUGAUGUCAUUCAAACCUAUGUUUUUGGAAUGGUCAUGAACCUUCUCCUAGAAAAGGGAUUUCCUGUCUGGCUCAAGUAUGUUCCUGGAAUUGCUUUCAGAACGGACAACGAACCGUUCAAGUAUGGACCAGUGGAAUGGGAAAUUGGUGCUCUUGGAAAAGCAUAUACGAAAUGGGCUGCUCAAAUGGUUGUUGGUCUAGACACUGGUGUUCCAUGGGUUAUGUGCAAGCAAGAAGAUGCUCCUGAUCCUGUUAUUGACACCUGCAACAGGUUCUACUGUGAAAACUUCAAGCCCAACAAGAACAUCAAACCUAAAAUGUGGACCGAGAAUUGGACUGGCUGGUACAUUGAUUUUGGUGGUGCAGUCCAUGUUAGACCAGCGGAAGACUUGGCAUUCUCGAUUGCAAGAUUCAUACAAAAUGGUGGUUCAUUUGUUAACUACUAUAUGGUAAGCUACAAUUACUAG